CAAGGCCGUCCCUCGACCGCUUCAAAUAAAAGCCGCACGCACGCACGCCUCCGAUCCUCUCCUCACAGCGCCCGCCGCCAUCGCCUGCGACCUCCUGCUCGAGUUCCCCCCGCCGGCGCCGAACUCCCUGCCCUAGGCAGCAGAAUCUCUUUGCUACAAUCUGACAAAGUGGAGGGCUUGGAAGUCCAAGUUUCUUUCAUGUCUGGACAACACUCGCUGUACUUCGAAUCAGUUGGAUUGCCGGGAGAGUGUUCUCGUACAACAAGAAAAAGGGAUAAGCUUCUUUCCCCUCACUUGCCACUGUUCAAGGUCAGCUCAAAGGCGGCUCUUGCUUCUGAAUUUGGACGAGGCUGAUAGGAUCAGAAAGCUUGAGCCAAGAUGGCGCUGCAGAACAUUGGCGCUUUGAACAAGGAUGACGCCUUCUACAGGUACAAGAUGCCCAAAAUGUUAACAAAAAUAGAAGGCCAUGGUAAUGGCAUCAAGACAAACAUCGUGAACAUGGUUGGCAUAGCAAAAGCGCUUGCCAGGCCAGCUUCCUACACAACAAAGUACUUUGGCUGUGCGCUUGGGGCACAGUCUACAUUUGAUGACAAGACAGGGGUUUGCAUAGUCAAUGGUGCCCAUGACACUGCAAAACUGGCUGGCCUUCUUGAGAACUUCAUCAACAAGUAUGUUCAGUGUUAUAAGUGUGGCAACCCUGAAACAGAGGUUGUCAUCUCCAAGAAACAGACGCUAUCUCUGAAAUGUGCUGCAUGUGGCUUCAUCUCGGAUGUUAACAUGAGUGACAAGCUUGCUAAAUUCAUUGUGAACAACCCGCCAGAACUGAAGAAGGGAGGCAAGGACAAGAAAGCCAUGCGAAGAGCUGAGAAGGAGCGGCUCAAGGAAGGUCAGGCUGCUGAUGAGGAGAUGAAGAAACUCAAGAAGGAUGGGAAGAAGAAAGGUGCUUCAUCCAAGGACAGCACUGCAAAAGGUGUUGCUGCAAAGAAAAAUGCUACUGCUGGUGGUUCUGAUGAAGAACAUGCAACCUCGUCAACUUACAGUCAAGCUGUGGACUUUCCAGCUGCUGCAGAUGACGACUAUGACGACGACGAUGAUGACGGUGUGGAGUGGCAGACUGACACGUCAGCAGAGGCUGCGAGAAAGCGCAUGGAGGAGCAGCUGAAUGCGGCGACUGCCGAGAUGGUCAUGCUUGCCACCGAAGAGACAGAAAAGAAGAAGCAACAUGCCAAAAUGUCUCCAUAUGAUGAACUGGUCGAGGAGAUCAAGGCCAACGUGGGCAAUGCUGCCACUCCAGCUCAGAUCAAGGCUGUGCUGUCCUCCUCGACCCUCCCCGCCAAGGACGUGACGGACGCCCUCUUUGAGGCGCUCUUCCACGGUGCGGGCAAGGGGUUUGCAAAGGACGUCAAGAAGAACAAUGACUACCUUGCUGCUGCCGUGCCCGAUGAAGGAGCCCAGAUGCUGCUGCUCCAGGCCAUCGAGGCGUUCUGCGGCAAGUGCAGCGCCGAGGCCCUGAAGGAGGUGCCGGUGGUCCUGAAAUGCCUGUAUGAUGGCGACGUCCUCGAGGAAGAAGCCAUUGUCCAGUGGUACGAUGAAGCUGUUGCUGCCGGCAAGGCCUCCCAGGUUGUGAAGAAUGCCAGGCCGUUUGUGGUCUGGCUCCAGGUCGCCGAACCGGACGAGGAGUGAAGAGGCCGUGCUGCUUGAUCCCGUUUAUACGCUCUAUCUUUUUACCGCCUACUUGCUUUAGGUAUCUUUUCAUAGUGUUUGAAGUGUCCAUUUUUUGGAUCAGUAUUUUAAGUUUCAGACGUUAAACACUUGAGUUGUUAUGGUUGAUUCUGUGUUGAGUCGGUUAAAAUAUUUCUUAUAACAAAUUAUGUCUUUUGAUA